UUGCCCUGGCUUUUGCACUUUAGUUUCCUACUGCUGGAUGACCGCAGCAGCAAAGUUAGUGGUAAUAUAGGAGGCUCUGUAGCGCCGAUCUCGGGAAAGAAGUCAGGCUUGGAGGGGUCACCUUAAGAAAAUGUGACUACACUCAGCCCCGCCAGCUUGGAGUGGAAGGAAAGCGGGGUGGGAUUGAAAGUAGGGACUCCCGCGCGCACGUGAGGCUUGCAGGGGGGGCGGGCCUAGGGUUUUCACCGCCUAGAAAGGCUCAACCGCUGGCCCGGGGUCUCACCUGCGCGUGCGCACUGCGAACCCGCUCCUACUUCGCUGGCUGCUGAAACAUGGAAUUUUGCUCGGCGAGACUAGCUAUCCUGCAGCUGGUGCGUACUGUGGCUCCAGCCGACCGCCCGGCGCUGCUCCAAUGGAUGCGAACUACCCGAGAUUUUGAUGAAUUCACUCAAGAUAAUAAGGACAUCAUUUUGAAAAGCAUAGCAGAAGACCUUCGUAAUCACUUGCCUCUAGAAGCUAUGCUUUCUUCAGAACAGCUAGCCCUUCAAAAAAUGCAGCAGCAGCCAGACCCCACAGUUCACGUUGAUGCAUUCCUUUAUGAUGAAGACUUUAUUGAUUCAUUAUGUGAGGAGGGAAAAAUGAGCAGAAACUACUGUAUGGUGUGUGGCUCUCACAAGACAGCACCUUUAGGAUUUAUUUCUCAUUCCUUCUCCCUCAUGGAAUUGAAGUUCAUGUAUCAUCAUGUUCUCCCUGAUCUGUCCGGAAAGAUCUUGGUUGAUGUUGGUUCCAGGCUCGGCACAGUCCUUUAUGGGGGUUAUCUUUACAGUUCAGCAGUGCAACUCUAUGGAGUAGAACUGAAUGGAGAUUUUUGCCGGUUGCAGGAAAUGAUCAUAAAAAAAUACCAGUUCACUGACAGAAUACAGGUGCUUCAUGCAGACAUCUGUACCCAGGGUUUGCUUCUGCAAAAUGCUGAUGUUGUUAUCAUGAAUAAUGUCUUUGAAUAUUUUCUUAAUGAGGCAGACCAGGCCAGAGCCUGGGAAUACAUUAGCCAUAAUGUAAGGAAGCAAGGUUCGUUGUUAGUGACGGUACCAAGUCUUGAAGAGUCUCUCUCAGGUCUUCAGACUAAUGUACAGUUAUCCCUGUGGGUUGAAGAAAUACCACUGAACUAUGAUGUAUACCCACAAGAGGAUAUUGACAAAGAAGCUCUUGAACAAAUUCAUUUGUAUAAGAUUCUCUAGUACUAAAAUAGUCCUACCUCAUCAUAAUGUUUUGUUGAGUAUAUUAUAAAAUAAUGAAAAGGAAAUAGAACCCCAAUGUCUGAGUACAUAUCUUUCUGUCCUUAUACAUAUGACUAUGUAGUUGUAAAUAGUUGUGUAUGAAUAUAUGCAACU